AUGCGCAACAACCCAACGAACACCGCCUGGAUGGCAGGAGGGACGGAGUUCGACGCCAGCUCUUACGGACGUCAACGCGGGGGUAAACCGGUUAAACGACCAGGCCUAGUCGUUAAGGGAGACGAACGCGCUAGGCCAGAGCAACCCUCAGGUGGCAAUAGAGGCCAGGUCGCAACCGAGCCCAACCCCAUCACAGUCUCCCAGAACCGGGGGCUUCAGGGGACAAGGAGGGAUGCCAUGUCUAGGAGAAAAGGGGAACGUAAAGGGAACGGACAGGGAAGGGGCGAUUCUCACCCACUGAGGCGGGUGCGGCUACUAAGCAAAGGCACGGUACGCGAUAACGGGGGUGAGACGGACGGAGGAGAGCCCUCACAGAGGCACGUGCUGCUACUAAGUAGUGGCGCGGUACGCGACAACGGGUGCGAGGUAAGCGGAAGGGAAGGAAGCGUGGUACGCGAUAACGGGUGCGAGGCGAACGGAACGGAAGGAAGUGCGGAACGAGACGACGGGAACGAGGGGAACGAAAGGGAACGAACGAGUUCCGACGGGACCGGGAACGGCAUGAACGAGCGCGUGGGAGGACAUGAGAAUACGAAGGGUGAGGGACCGAUCCAUGGAGGUGCGUCGACGGACGGAGGAGAGCAAAAGCGAGAGGAAUGGGGUACACCGGCCGAUGGAGAGGUCUACGAGGGGACAACGAUGAUACCUGGGUGGUUAUUGUGGCAAGAAGGAGAUGCUGCAGAACACGCACCAGAAUACCAGGGAUCCCUUUGUAGUGUGGGCAGGACGGCAGUAUUGCAACUCGGAAUAGUGGGCAAUAGGUGUGAAGGACUGCUAGAUACGGGGGCGUCCACGAGCUUUAUUCGUCCGACUAUUGUGGAACGACUGGGUUUGAAGGUACGCAUCCUGCCGGAGGCCCACUCCUUCACAAUAGCCAACGGUGACGCUAUACUCAUCGAUAAGGAGGUACCAAGAUUGUCGAUGCUUUGCGGAGGAGAGUGUUUUACUGGAGAUUCCCUGGUAGGGUCAAUACAGUAUUCUGUCAUUCUCGGGAUCGAUUGGCUAGUUAACCACAAGGUGGCGUGGUAUUUCCAAUCGGGCAAGCUCAGGACAUAUGCAAAAGGGCGGUGGUGCGAUCUGCCAGUCUUGCGUAAAGAGGGCGAGCCGACACGAGGCACACUGGCCGACUCGGAACCAAUCAAAACGGCGGCGGACCACGCCUACGACGAACUGGCUAAGCAAGUUGCAAGAAUGACAACGGAAGAGGCGGCAGCAUUUCUUCGCCCCCCCCUCAAAACGAUAUAA